AUGGAUACUGUGGCUCUCACCGUCAGUUCGCUUGUGCAUCGGGCAGAGGCCCUCAACAUUCCGGUCAUCCGUAGCAGGUCACUGGCAAUCGCUGUCGCCGCAGGUAUUCCCCUCGUGGUGCUCCUGCACGACACGGCAGACUGGUGGCUGCCAAAAACGUGGGGCAUGCCCAUCAUCUCUUGGUUUCGCCGAAGGUGGCGUCAGGACCCCGAAAGCAAGGCGGCACAUCUGGCACUGGCUCGCAACGUCCUCAUUUUCCUCUUUGUAGCCAUGGCACUGAACGAGACCCCCUACUAUCAGACAACAGUGGACUACGUUGCAGACCGUGUCUCAAGCACCUCCGCUCGCAAGUCCUUUGAUGAGCAUAUUAAGAUGUCUCGACGAACUGCUUUUGGAGCUGCAAACGACGUAGUGGGAGAGGAAGGGCACAACGAGGCGAACGUUCGUCAACAGCGGGACACGGCACUACGCCGUCGCUUUGUGCAUGACAACCGCAACGGGAACUAG